AUGCCAGGAUCCAGACAGCUUCGGCAGCUGUUCAUGCCAGGACGGCGAUAUUCGGGGCAUGUCGAAGUGGAGGGCAGAAGUGACGGUUUCUCUGAAAAGACAUCUGGCAGUGCGCCUUGCAGGCGCCAAGAGUGGGCCCAAGCGCGGUGGCCAAGCGCUGCGAUCAAAGUUAUGGCGUAUUGUCGAUAUUUGAAUAGCCGUCUGAUUAUUUCUUCCCUCUGCCAUCCUUUUUCACGAGUUAUAUCGCCCCUAAGAGCUAGGAGUUCCUUCACAGAAUUUACUCGUUCUCUGGAUGGUCAAUCAAUGGAGGAACCUUCUGAACUAUUCGAGUAUACCCGACGCUCAUCACUGACUAUGGACUGGAGUUACAAUGAUGCCCUGAGGCGUUCUGAAAGAAGACGUGUCUUCAACGUAUCCGAAUUCAAGCGCCUUGCGGUCGCAUCCGUCAAUCAGAACGCAGAAGAUGUCGCUCGUUUUGAAAAGCUGGCUGAAGGGGGUUUCAAUCGAACGUUCCUUAUCACUAUGCGUGAUGGCUUUCAGUUCGUUGGGCGCAUCCCCUAUCCGGUUACCGAACCAAAGGACCUAGUCAUAGCCAGCGAAGUCGCGACGAUGGAUUUUCUCCGCUCACACGGCAUACCUGUCCCCAAGAUCUACGGUUACUCGGCCACAUCGGAAAACGCUGCGGGCACUGAAUACGUCUUCAUGGAGCUCGUCCGGGGAACGAACUUGGGCGACAUCUGGUUUAACAUGCCUGAGAAAGCAAGGAUCACCAUCAUCACUAGACUCGUGGAGUUGGAGUCUCGACUAUUUGCUCUUCGAUUUCCGGCAAGUGGAAGUCUGUACUAUACCAAGGAUCUGCAAGCUGGAUCCAACAAGGUUGACAUUCCUACCGCCUAUUCUGCGCGCGAGAGUCGCUUCUGCAUUGGUCCUGAUACAACAUUCGGCUUAUGGUAUGGAAAAAGACACAGUCUCCAGGUUUAUCGUGGACCAUGUAUGUAUCAGCCCUAUCAUUUACAUAUUCAGAUGCACUUUCUAUCAACGAUCUGCUUUGAAUAUCCCUACUCUACGUUAGCAAUUGUAACUAAAUAUCCAAAAGACACAGACCCAGCAGCGGCUCUUACAGCCGGUGCCAAGAAGGAGAUUGCAUACUUGAUGGAAUUUGGACGACCGCUUCACCCUUUUCAACGUCUGCGCAGAGAGAUAUACAAUUAUCAAAAGCAAUCGCAUUUAGAACAUCUGGACAGUCUGGACAAAUACCUGCGAAUCGUGCCUCUUCUCAUACCGAACGGCAACGACACUCUCACACGACCGACGAUAAGGCAUCCUGACCUCCAACCUAAUAACGUGUUCGUCUCGGAUAACCUUGAGAUUACCGGCCUGAUCGAUUGGCAACACUGCGCAAUACUCCCGCUCUUUCUGCAAUGCGGGAUCCCAAACAGCCUCCAGAACUACGGUGACAGCGUCUCAGAAUCGUUGACACCCCCUGAAUUACCACAGAAUUUCGACGAAUUGAGCGAAAGAGAACAAUUUAAGCAAGUUGUGCUCCUGCGUAGGCGUCAACUUCACUACUUCUAUGUCACAAUAACCGCAAAGCUGAACUCGACGCACUACGAUGCCCUGACAUACGAUCUUAGCACGCUGAGGCGCAAACUCUUUCAUCACGCAAGUGAUCCCUGGGAAGGUGAUAACGUGACCCUAAAAGCCGACCUGAUUCAGCUCACAAAGAACUGGUCGAAGAUUAUCAGUUCAAAAUCGAGCACGAGCAGCAAAGCGAGGCCCCCUUGCCCGAUCACCUUCCGGGAAGACGAGGUAAGCGACUGUUUGCGCCUGGAUUCUGCACAGGUCGAGGCAGACGAGCAACUCGAAGCUUGCAGGGAUAUUAUUAGCGUUGGGCCUGAGGGGUGGGUGCCCUCGGAUCAGUAUGAGGAGGCUAAGCAACGCGAAAGUAAGCUGAAAGUCGAUGCGCUUGAUGCAGCUGAGUCUGAUGAGGAAAGAGCGAGGGUAUACGAGCAUUGGGUUUUCGAUGACUUUAAUGAGGAGGAGUAUUCUGAUCUUAUUGGAUUGGAGCUAUUGGAGUGGAUUGGAUGGAUCGAGAUUUCCGUUGGAGUUGGAUUGGAGCUUUCUACUGGAGUUGGAUGGAUGGAUUGGACCUUAUGGAGCUACUGGAGCUCCAGUGCCUAUACCGGACCCGCGGAUAGAAGCUCGAGCCAUUGCGUUGGCAUCGCGUUACCACUAAAAACAUCACAAUCUCGUCUCACCUGCGCGCUAGAGGCUCUCAAAGACGAUGUCAAUGUCGCGUUUGAUAGAGAGGCCAACGCUGAAGAGGAUUGCCGCGUUAUCUGCAGCUAUGCCCAGAUGCGGAGAUUUAGCAGACUGCCGAAGCUUUGCCGAACGAAUCAGCGCGUCCCACUUCACCACACUAAAGGUGUGGCCAGCUGUCCCCUUGCCUCCACUUGUGGUCUGGCGUCUAUCUACAACUAUGUACAUUUUCGCCACAAGGUCGAGGUCGGGGCCGAUACGAGGGCCUUCCAGAGGUUCCGGGCCGCUCGAGAUGGAACGAUUCAUAAGAAUCGGCAGAGUUGGGGCCAGGUCGAGUCAGGGUCGAGGCUGAUACUUGGGAAUCCACUUAGAGGCAUAUAG